CACGGAAGGCGUCUCCGUUACCCUCGAGCAAUCGAAUACGAAUACCUCAACCAUGAUGCCGGCGGGGCAUAGUGAGGACGACAGCCAGCAGGCAGCGGAAGCUAUGGUACAGCUAAGCGGAACGCAGUACUACAAUGCAACGCAGGAAGAAUCGAUGGAGAUUGAUCCGAACUACGAUCCGAGCGAUUUCCUUGGCAUGUCGAAUCGUAACAAUCAGGCGGCCGUCUCCGAUACGAACGUUUACAACCAAACCUCAGUCGAUGGUACGGUAUCCGUUGAUCAAACACAAAGCUAUUCCAACAGCGAAUAUGUCGACCAGUCGCAGCAACCGUAUCAGCAAGGUUCGGAGACGGGAGUGGUUAUCGGUGGAGAUGGAACCAUCCCCUCGGAGCAAGUCCAACCUUCAUUGGCCUACGAUCCAGCUUCUGGUAUACCUCAGCAACCAGAACAGGACCAGCAGCAGCAGCAACAACCACCUCUACCUACACUGCAAUCGCUCCAUUCCGAUUUAGCCAUUUCGGAUAGUGACGACGAGAAGAGUAACCUACGGAUGGAUGUGAUGCGGGAUGAAAAUGAAAAUGACGACAACGACGAUGGUGAUGGGCUGUGGUUCUAA